GCGUUUUUUGGCACAGCGCGCAACCUCUGUGCCAACGUCAAGGCACACAUGGUGCGCGCUGGAAGCGGAGCGCUUGUAGGAGGGAGACGGACGAGCCGCGCAACUGCAUCACCGAGGAGGGUGGCGAGGUGGCAUCGCCUGCAGGAAUCCAGUUGUAAAGUCCACACACAAGGGGGAAAAUGCGCUGAGGGGGAAAGCGUCUGGAGCUCUUUCGUUCACCAAAGAUUACCUUACGGCACUGACGCAUCUGAAGGAGGAGAAAAACACGCUCCUGGCAAGUUGUGAUUUCAGAGGAAAUCCGGCUGGAGAUGAAUACCAACGAUGCCAAGGAGUAUCUCUCGCGGCGGGAGAUACCUCAACUAUUUGAGAGCCUGCUGACAGGUUUGAUGUACUACCGACCCGACGACCCCAUCGACUACUUGGAGGGCUGCCUGAAGAAAGCCAGGGAGCUCGGAGGACCAGACAAGGUGCGGUGGGACACCUUCGUGGGCCAGGAGAAGAAGUCCCUUCCCCCUCUCAAUGGGGGCCAAUCCCGCAGGUCCCUCUUCAGAAAUGUGUUGCCCGACAGUCCAAAUUUUCCCUACAGACGGUAUGACCGCCUCCCUCCCAUCAGCCAGUUCUCCAUCGAGAGCGACUCGGACCUGUCGGAGACGGCAGAGCUCAUAGAGGAGUACGAGGUGUUUGACCCAUCCAGACCGCGACCCAAAGUCAUCCUCGUCAUUGGUGGCCCUGGCAGCGGCAAAGGAACACAGUGCCUGAAAAUUGCCGAGCGCUACGGCUUCCAGUACGUGUCUGUGGGCGAGCUGCUGAGGAAGAAGAUGAUCCACAACGCCACCAGCAACAGAAAGUGGAGCCUGAUCGCUAAAAUCAUCACCAACGGAGAGCUGGCACCACAGGAGACAACAAUAACUGAGAUCAAGCAGAAGAUCAUGAAGAUUCCAGACGCCAAUGGUAUCGUCAUAGAUGGGUUCCCACGAGACGUCGGACAGGCCUUGUCCUUUGAAGACCAGAUCUGCACUCCUGACCUGGUGGUGUUCCUGGCCUGCACCAACCACCGCUUGAAGGAGAGGCUGCAGAAGCGAGCCGAGCAGCAGGGACGACCGGACGACAACCCCAAGGCCAUUGACCGCCGCCUGACCAACUUCAAACAAAACACCAUCCCUCUGGUCAAAUACUUCCAGGAGAGGGGCCUUAUUGUCACGCUGGAUGCCGACCGGGAUGAAGAAGAGGUCUUCUGUGACAUCAGCAUGACUCUGGACAACAAGCUGUUCCCCCCCAAAGAGCCUGCAGCCGGUCCCAGUGAGCUGGACCUCAGUCUACUGGGUGAAACCAGCAGCCUGGCUGAUGUUGCUUGCAAGUACGAUGAGGCUGAUGAGGAAGAGGAAGUCGGAUACGCUGAAGGAACCACAGAAAGUUAUUGCACAGAACAGAAGAAACCAAAGGUCAUCUUCAUGAUAGGUGGGCCAGCCUCAGGGAAAUCUGUGCAGUGCGAGCGGAUGGAGGAGCGGUUCGGCCUGCGUCGCAUCACCCUGGGCGAGCUGCUGUGCGCCGAGCUGCAGUCCCACAGCGAUAGGGGGCGCCACCUGCGGGACGUCCUGGAGGGGGGAGAGCAGCUGCCCGAGGACACACUGCUGGAGCUGCUGCGUGAGGCGGUGGAGUCGUCGGCGAGGCAGGGGAAAGGUCUCGUCAUCAGCGGCUUCCCGAGAGACCUGAGACGGGCGCAGGAGUACGAGGCCAAGGUGGGGGAGCCCAGCGCCGUGUUCCUGCUGAAGUGCUCGGCCGACGCCAUGAGCAGCCGUCAGCAGUGCCGUGCCAGGUCCACCUCCACCUUCCACCCCGUCUCAGACAGAGAUAGCGUCCUGCACAGGAAGGCUGAGAGCUUCUGCAGGGACAACCAGGCGGUGGCUUCUUAUUAUGAAGACAAAAAGGUUCUGCACACGAUUGACGCGGAGAGGUCGCCAGAUGAAGUGUUCGCCCAGAUCUGCCAGGCGAUGGAGACCUUCUGAUCACACUGCAAUCUCCUCAACGUGGCCUCCCUGUCCAGGAGUCCCCUCUCUCUGCUGUGUCGCUCCAAGGAAACACCCACCUGCCCACCCCACACACCCACCUGCCCCAGACCUCAUUAACCUCACUGAACUCCAGUGGUAUGCAUGUACCCCCAAACGCUCCCAACAAUCGGUGAGAUCUUUCUGCUUUUGACACUGAAGAAGCGCUUGGUUCAGCUCUUUUCAUCGUCUCUCUCUCUCUUACAUCGACCUCAAUAUGUGCUGCCGACUGCCGGGCCGAGGCAGGCAAACUGUACCGAGGAAACAGCAUCCCCCUGCUGUGACUGAGAGCAUGUUUCUAGUUGAAAGUGAAGUGUCUCUGCCACCACCACCACCACCACCACCACCCGCACACCUCCCAGAGGAGCUCAGAGAGGGAGGGUUCCCGCCAUGCUAGAAAGUGGAAAUGUCAGUGUGUGCUCAUGCUCUCACGCGCAGCAUCGUGUUUUAUAUCGUAACAAGCAUGCAAAAAUUACAAUCAAGCUUAACUGCCUUUUGUGCGUUCAAUAAAAAAAAGCAGAGGAGAAUUCAGAGUGUUCAAAAAUUAACGCAUUCGUUGGUUUCCAAGCUCUUCGUACAGGUGCUUGCUUGAGUCUGGUAUUUAACAUUCAAUAAAGCCAACGUAUUUGCUAAAUGGA